CACUUUUAUACGUCAAAGACGAAACCUUCGCGAAAAUGCCAUGGAAAUGAUCAUUUUUGACAGUUUUCAUAACAUUGUCGCGUAGUCAGCCCGUGUUAUCUAGCGCUUAGUGACUGUGUUGUUUAUCUGUAAAAUGUAAAUGUGCAAACCGAUAAAUUAAACGACAGUAAAAAUGAAGAUCAAGGAAUUAUUAACCGCCAUCGUCCUAUUUUUCGUUUUGUUCUGGAACACUGCUUCGACACAGGACACGAACGGCAAAAAUGUAACCAACGUAUUGUCCGACAAACCCCUGAAUACAACAACCGCGAAACCAGUGGAUAAACCGCCAGAACUGGCCCAAAGUAGUACGGCCCCCAUGAAAAAUAAUGACACGAAAUUACAAUCGACAACAGAAAAACCCAAAGAACCCGUUGCAGCAAAUUCUACUGCAGCCCCUACAGAUGUGAAGAAUGAUAAAAACGAUACGAAAUCGGCACCCCAAGAACCACCACCAGUUCAACCAUCCCCAACAGUGAACCACACAAAUGUCACUUCAACAACUAUAUCUGUUGACCCUGUGCUACCAGACAAAGAAGCUGCCGAGGAAGAGCACAACAGCUCCAUGGCUAUUUUCUUUGUGUUAUGUGUGUUGGCCAUAGGUAUUUUGCUGAUCCACCUGAUGUUACAGACCAACUUCCAAUAUGUGCCUGAGAGUGUUGUUAUUGUGUUCUUGGGUGCGUUAAUUGGUCUUGCUAUGAGUGCUCUGUCCAACAGAAACAUCAGCAACUGGAGGAAGGAGGAGGCCUUCUCCCCAACCGCGUUCUUUUUGGUGCUUUUACCCCCAAUCAUCUUCGAAUCUGGCUACAACUUGCACAAAGGUAACUUCUUCCAAAAUAUCGGUUCCAUACUCGUUUUUGCCAUUUUCGGCACCACGAUUUCCGCCUUUGUCAUCGGCUUCGGCGUUUAUUUCUUGGGUCUGGCAGAUGUUGCCUACAAAUUAAGCUUCGUCGAGUCUUUCGCUUUUGGAUCCUUGAUUUCCGCCGUCGAUCCAGUGGCAACAGUCGCUAUUUUCCACGCCUUGAACGUAGACCCAAUUUUGAAUAUGUUGGUGUUCGGCGAGAGCAUCCUCAACGACGCCAUCGCCAUUGUUUUGACCACCGCAGCCUUGGAAUCCAACAACCCCAACAUGAACACAGGUGAAGCCAUAGUCAUAGGCAUCGAACGAUUCUGUCUCAUGUUCUUCGCGUCUGCCGGAAUUGGCGUGGUGUUUGCCCUCCUCAGUGCUUUACUCUUAAAGCACAUUGACUUGAGGAAGAAUCCGUCCCUUGAGUUCGGCAUGAUGUUGGUCUUCACCUACGCACCAUACGUCUUAGCCGAGGGUAUCCAUCUAUCCGGCAUAAUGGCCAUACUUUUCUGUGGAAUUGUCAUGUCUCAUUAUACCCAUUUUAACUUGUCUACCGUCACCCAAAUAACCAUGCAACAGACCCUGAGAACCUUGGCGUUCAUCGCUGAAACUUGCGUGUUCGCUUACUUGGGCCUCGCAUUGUUCAGCUUCAAACAUCGCGUCGAACCCGCUUUGGUCGUCUGGAGCAUUAUACUGUGUCUGAUCGGCAGAGCCUGCAACAUAUUCCCCCUGGCCAUUCUAGUCAAUAGAUUUAGGGAACAUCAGAUAACCAAGAAGAUGAUGUUCAUAAUGUGGUUCAGCGGCUUGAGGGGUGCCAUUUCCUACGCGUUGUCCCUCCAUUUGAAUUUCAGCACGGAAACGCGCAACGUGAUCAUUACCACAACCCUAAUCAUUGUGUUGGUGACCACGCUGUUCUUCGGCGGCUCCACCAUGCCGCUGCUGAAGUUCAUGCAGGCGACCAAGAAUCCGUCCAGGAAACUGAAGAAGAGGAAGAAGGACAGGGAGGUCACGCUGAGUAAAACGAGGGAAUGGGGCGGCGCUUUGGACUCCGAACACCUUUCGGAGACCACGGAGGGCGAGACCGAGGUGGCUUUCGUUUCGGACAGGAUCAAGGGCUUCGCCAAGUAUGAUCUGAAGUACUUAAUACCUUUCUUCACCAGGAGGUUUACCCAGCAGGAAUUAAAGGAUUGUAAGAGCCAGAUGACUGAUUUAACAAAUCAGUGGUACCAAGCCAUCAGGAUAUCCCCAGACCAAUCAGAUGAGGAGACUGGCAACACCCCAAGAUCAAGUAUUUCAAGUAUUGUUCGCUGACUACCAAAGGGAUCUGAAUCCAUACCUUUAGUUCGCACCUAUAAUAAACAACAUUGAUAUGAACUUAAAAAUCAGUAGUUUCAUACCAUUCUUAGAAUAAUCCCUUUCUCACACACAUUGUUUACACUUUCUGUAAUUCCUGUCACUUUCUGUAAUCAUGUAGACGCAAGAGUAUUAUAUGAGUAUUUUUAGAGCUAAAAUAAUUAUGUGGAAAUGACUAUACAUUUUUUACUAAAUAAUGGUACGUUAUUACUGAUAAUAAAAAAAUAGGAUUUUUAUUCAGAUUAUUUAGUAUUGUUGAAUCAUUUUAAUGGUUGACUUUGAAUAUGUAGUAAUUUAGGCACAAAAACUCGUCAGUAUAGCUAUUGUUCUUUAAAAUAGACUAAAAUUCUACGUUUUCUACAAUAAUAGUGAUAACUUCAGAGCCAAAAUAAUAUAAGCUAUAAUUUUUUGUUUUGUGUAAUCAAAAAUAUUAGGCUUCUUGUUAAAUUGUUCCUUUUCUAACGGUAUUAUAUAAUUUUUUAGUUAGUUAUAUAGGUUUAAUUUAAUGUACUUGUAAGUAAAUAAUACAUACAUUCAUAUGUAAAUUUUCAACCAGGGUUGUUGUGAUAUAGAAUAUAUAAUCUAAACUUGGUUGUGUGUGAUAUCUGUACAAGUCACGAUAAUAUGGCUUUAUAAAAGUCCCUUGUAUCUUAAUAAACACUAUGGAGUCAUUAAAGUA